AUGUCGCGUCCUCGCCUUCCUACACGCGCUAUACUCAGACGACCUACGACGGUACAGCCAAACGCAAGGCGUUUUCUGGCUCUAUCUGCCGUGGAAGGCCCGUCGCACCCCCCAUUGGUGACCAGCACUCUCCCAGCAUACUUUGCUGAAGAGAUUCUGGGGAAGCACGGCUCUCGCCCAGCGUUGAUCGCCAGAAGUGAGCAACCGCGCUCACAUGGCGGCCCGCUCUCUCCCAAUAUGGGUGUCUCACGCCACCUCGCCUGGGACUACGUUGAGUUCGAUAGGCAUGUGCAGGCGCUCGCGCGGGGACUGCUGGAUCUCGGCGUGAAAAAGGGCGACAGAGUGGGCGUGCUCAUGGGGAACAACAGCGCCUACGCUUGUAUGCAGUGGGCAUGCGCGAGGGUAGGUGCGAUUCUCGUGACGCUAAACCCGGCGUACAGACUGCCAGAGCUGGUGAACACGCUCAAUCUCGUGGGAGUGAGCCACCUGUUUGUCGUACCGCGCCUGCGGUCGUCCGCCUACAUUUCCAUGCUGUCAGAUGCCUUCCCAUCGCUCGGCAACUCGUCCCCCGGAGAUAUUCAGGAGGCCGCGGUUCCCAGUUUGCGCCAUCUAGUCGUAGUCGACAACACUUCGGACUUCAAGAACUUCGAAGAGCACCUCGAGCGUGUGAAGUGUGCCGUGGACUUUCGCGAGAUCUUGGUUUGGCGGGAGGACAACGUGGAGAAGCGCAAGGUGGAUGAGGUGGCGGCCUCGCUCAGCUGUGAUGAGGUCAUCAACUUACAGUUCACCAGUGGGACUACGGGUGCCCCCAAAGCCGUCUCACUCACUCAUCACAACCUCCUGAACAAUGCGCUCUCAACCAGCGGCGCCAUGCGCAUCACCGCAUCCGACGUGCUCUGCAACGUCCCGCCGCUCUUCCACUGUUUUGAUACGUACCUUCGUUCCCACCGAAACCUCGCAGCUUGGUCGCGGGGCGCGUGCAUAGUGUACGCGUCCGAGGGGUUCGAUCCUCGUGCGGCCGUGGACGCAGUCAUCGCGGAGCGGUGCACUGCGUUGCACGGCGUGCCGACGCACUUCCUCGCAGUUCUCGCGGACGUGCAGGCGCGCCGCGAUGCGGGGGAGGCCGUCGAGACGCGGCUGCGGACCGGCAUCGCAGCGGGCUCGCCCGUGCCGAUCGACCUCAUGAAGCAGCUCAUCGCGAAGCUGGACUUGCGUGAGCUGACCGUGGCAUUUGGCAUGACUGAGACGAGCCCGGUGGCAUUCCAGACCUCGCCGGAGGACCCGAUCAUGAAGCGGGUGGAAACCGUGGGGCGGGUGCAGCCGCACGUGAAGGCGAAGGUCGUUGAUGUGGAGGGAAAUAUUGUGCCCAUCGGCACCCCCGGGGAGGUCCUCGUGUCGGGAUAUGUCCUCCACAAGGGGUACUGGAACGACGAGGAGCAGACUGCGAAAACCAUGAGCAAGGACGCAGAUGGGACGGUGUGGAUGCACACGGGCGAUGAGGGCGUGCUGGACGAGGAGGGGUAUCUGAGAGUGGUGGGCAGAAUAAAGGAUAUCAUCAUCCGCGGCGGCGAGAACCUGUUCCCGGUGCAGAUCGAGAACGUGCUGAGCGCGCACUCGGCGAUCCGUGAAGCGGCCGUAAUCGCAGUGCCGGACGCGAGGUUUGGCGAGGUUGUCGGGACGUGGAUCGUGCGGGAGCCGCGGAGCACGAUGUCGAAAGAAGAGGUGCGGAAGGUAGUGUCGGCGGGGAUGAACCCACAGAACGCGCCGGCGUGGGUGUGGUUCCUGGGGGAAGAAGGUGCGCCUGGGGAGAUACCGAAGACGGCGAGCGGGAAAGUGAUGAAGCACGUCCUGCGCGAAUGGAGCCGGGAUCUCUCCAAGAAGGGUGUGGGGAGGGUGGUGGCCUGA